UCUCCCUGACAUGGCGGCCCCCCAGACCCCCACCCUGCAGCGCUCCAGUGGGAGUGUGAGCAUGGUGGAUGAGGGAGGGGCAGAGGGGGAGGUUAAACUCAGGAACUCCAAGAGGAGAAGGAAAAGGAGCAGCAUGAUCUUCAUCCCAGAGGAGAGAGACAGGACCAACACUCUGGACAGCAAAUGGCUGUCCAAGAAGCAGGAGUUCCGCAGUGACACCAACCUGUCUGAACCUGGCUCUCAAGAAAAUGUCUUUCUCACCAACGCCAACUCCAGAUCUCUGCCUGCUAUUACAGGCCAGUCUCUGUCUGUGGCCAAUGGUAGUGAGGAGGCGGAGUCAUCCCGGUUCAGAAGGGACAGUAAGAGUAUGUCUGUGUGUCUUCCUGGAGACCGCACUGCUGACAGACGCUCCAAAGGGGUCAUCAACCUGCUCUUCGGGACCAAGAGCAACAAGUCUGAGCAACAGAGCAACAAGUUGUCUACUGAUCCAAGCAACAGGAAAGCCAGUCAAUUCUAACAGCCAUCCAUCACACAUGAUGUACCCUCAGUGCCUUUUAACCUGCUCUGCUUUGAAUUCCAGUUACCACCAGGGGCUAUUGCCUUGCUGAAAACUCCUCUUUGGAAAUAGCUAUCUGAUCUUUUCUUUUUUUUUAUCAGGUUUUAAAGACUUGUUUGCGCUCACACAGGCACAUAGGCACACACACACACACAAUGAGAGAGAGGUGGAGAGAGAGAGACUGACAGAUUCUCUGAAGAAAUUCAUGCUUUUUAAACUUCUGCUCUCAUAUAUUUUAUAAUCAUGGGUGGCUCUUGGGUGGCGCGACAGUUUGAUUGUGUGGGCUGUGCUGCAGUUUGUUUUCAGCGUGUGUAGUUUAUAAAGUAUUGAACUCAAUCAUCGGUGUAAUCGCUCUAGGUCGUGGUUGUUUUCGUUU